AUGUCAUUGUCAAAUAAGUUAAGUGUAAAAGAUUUAGAUGUUGCUGGUAAAAGAGUUUUCAUCAGAGUUGAUUUUAAUGUCCCAUUAGAUGGUAAAACUAUCACCAACAAUCAAAGAAUUGUUGCUGCUUUACCAACUAUUAAAUAUGUUUUAGAAAACAAACCAAAAGCUAUCAUCUUAGCUUCCCAUUUAGGUAGACCAAAUGGUGAAAGAAAUGAAAAAUACAGUUUAAAACCAGUUGCUGAUGAAUUAUCUUCAUUAUUAUCUAAACCAGUCAAAUUCUUAGAUGAUUGUGUUGGUAAAGAUGUUGAAGAAGCUGUCAAUGCUGGUUCUGAUGGUGAAGUUUUCUUAUUAGAAAACUUAAGAUUCCACAUUGAAGAAGAAGGUAGUAAAAAAGUUGAUGGUGAAAAAAUCAAAGCUUCAAAAGAAGAUGUUGCAACUUUCAGAAGUCAAUUAACUGCCUUAGCUGAUGUUUACGUUAAUGAUGCUUUUGGUACUGCCCACAGAGCUCAUUCAUCAAUGGUUGGUUUAGAUUUACCACAAAAAGCUGCUGGUUUCCUUAUGGCUAAAGAAUUAGAAUAUUUCGCUAAAGCUUUAGAAAACCCAACCAGACCUUUCUUAGCUAUUUUAGGUGGUGCUAAAGUUUCCGACAAAAUUCAAUUAAUUGAUAACUUAUUAGAUAAAGUUGAUUUAUUGAUUGUUGGUGGAGGAAUGGCUUUCACUUUCAAAAAAGUCUUAGACAAUAUGUCAAUUGGUGAUUCAUUAUUUGAUGAAGCUGGUGCUAAAAAUGUUGAACAUUUAGUUGCUAAAGCUAAAAAGAAUGGUGUUGAAUUAGUCUUACCUGUCGAUUUCGUCACUGCUGAUAAAUUCGACAAAGAUGCUAACACUUCAACUGCUACUCAAGAAGAAGGUAUUCCAGAAAACUGGAUGGGUUUAGAUGCUGGUCCAAAAUCAAGAGAAUUAUUUACUGCUACUGUUGCUAAAGCUAAAACCAUUGUUUGGAAUGGUCCACCAGGUGUUUUCGAAUUCGAAAAAUUCGCUACUGGUACCAAAUCUUUAUUAGAUGCUGCCGUUAAAUCUGCUGAAGAAGGUAAUACUGUUAUCAUUGGUGGUGGUGAUACUGCUACUGUUGCUAAGAAAUUCGGUGUUGUUGAAAAAUUAUCUCAUGUUUCAACUGGUGGUGGUGCUUCAUUAGAAUUAUUAGAAGGUAAAGAAUUACCAGGUGUUACUGCUAUUUCUGAUAAAGCUUAA